AGGCCACUGGGAAUUUGGUUGGCUGCGUUUUAUGAAGAUAAUUUAGUUUGUGAGAAGGGUCAAAAACCAUACACGGUGGCUAGCUUUUGGAGGUUACCCAGUUGGGGAAUUGAAUGUGGGAUGCUUGGGUUUGUAAUAUAUUAGGUGCAAGAGAACUGCAAUUUUCAAAAGGGUUGCACAUGGCUAGUUUCUUGAUUGAUUAUGGAGUUAGAUUUGGAUGAGGGUAUUGAGGGGUGGAACCACAUGUGCCGUGGUGGCCGUUGAAUUAGUCCACGGGAGUCUAAAAAGGGUUGCUACUUUGUGGGUUUGAGUUGUAGUCGUUGAUAACUUGAUAAAGGCAUUCCUUUGUCCUUUGUUGUUUUGCAUAGAUAAUUUAGUUUUAUAAGAUGAGUUAAGAAGACAGGAAAGGGGUAAGGAUAGCAUGGCUUUAGACGAAUACCCAGACACUGGUUGUUGGUUAAGGUUUGUGUGAAGAAAAGAAAAGGAAGUAGGGCUCCAAAUAGCAUUCUGGGCAGGUUUUAUCUUCCUUGUAUGUGGGCUCUAUUAUUUUCUGAAGGAGUGGACUGGUCCCUCUGAAUUGGCCGGGCAAUGCAAAGUAGCUCUUGGAGCUUCUUGUUAUUGUUUAUAUAGGACCAGGGGACCAUAAAUAGAUGGGACUUCUCGCACGCAGUGCAAUUUCUAGAAAACCAAACGAUACCAUGAGGCUUAUUGUGACAACUUUUGUUGGGGUUGUUUUGGGCUUCUUGAUAGGAGUAUCAUUUCCAUCACUUACGUUAACAAAGCUGAAUCUUCCGUCCGUUGAUCUUCGGGAUAAAAAUUCCGGCCUCUCAACACACACACUUUUGAAUGCAUGGUCUGCUUUGAAGGGAAACAAAAACACAUCAAUUGAAGCUAAAAAACCGGAUAGUACUAAGAUUUGGGUCCCAUCGAAUCCACGAGGUGCAGAAAGGUUACCCCCAGCCAUUGUUGCAGCUGAUUCAGACUUCUAUCUCCGCAGAUUGUGGGGCUUACCUAGUGAGGAUUUAACUAUCAAACAGAAGUAUCUCGUGACAUUCACAGUUGGUUAUGGUCAGAAAGAUAACGUGAAUGCAGCAGUCAAAAAGUUCUCAGAAAACUUCACAAUACUUCUGUUUCAUUAUGAUGGCCGAACAACUGAAUGGGAUGAGUUUGAGUGGUCAAAGCGAGCUAUUCAUGUGAGUGCGCCAAAGCAAACAAAAUGGUGGUAUGCAAAACGAUUUUUGCAUCCUGACAUUGUGGCUGCAUAUGAUUACAUAUUUAUCUGGGAUGAAGACCUUGGGGUUGAGCAUUUUAACGCUGAAGAGUACAUAAGGCUUGUGCGAAAGCAUGGCUUGGAAAUUUCCCAACCUGGUUUAGAACCUAUGAGGGGGCUAGUAUGGCAAAUGACGAAGAGAAGAGGGGAUCGUGAACUUCACAAAGAAACAGAGGAGAAACCGGGCUGGUGCAAGCACCCACUUAUGCCUCCUUGUGCAGCAUUUAUCGAGAUCAUGGCACCGGUGUUUUCUAGAGAUGCAUGGCGCUGUGUGUGGCAUUUGAUUCAGAAUGACUUGGUCCAUGGAUGGGGUCUGGACUUUGCCCUUCAAAGAUGCGUUGAGCCGGCUCAUGAGAAAAUUGGAGUCGUCGAUGCUCAGUGGAUAGUUCAUCAAACGGUUCCAUCACUCGGAAACCAGGGCCAAGCAGAGAAUGGGAAGCCACCAUGGCAAGGGGUGCGGGAGAGGUGUAGAAGAGAGUGGAAAAUGUUUCAGGACCGGCUAUCGAAUGCAGAUAAAGCUUACAACAAAUCCAUGGGAAUUGACCCUCCGAAUUCUACGACUCGAUAGUGGUGUGGGCUGGAUGCAAUCACCUCCAUCAUAAUGGGGUCAUUAGUGUUACAUUUGUGUACCUAUAUAGUUGAUUAGUGUAAUGGAUCAAUCAGAAGCGCGGGGUACCUAGUUUCCCUAGGUCAAAGGAUGCGGGAUGAGUAAAGGCGUAAUAAGUUUUUCUCAAUUUUACAUAUAACUAGCCAUAGAAUCGUUUCGAAUAGUUUACUACAAUGAUUCGACUUAAUUUUAAUUGUUACUAUUAGUGGUCGAAUAUGUUGAUCGAUGGUUGCGAAAUGGAGCGGAAAA